AUGGAAGCAAAGUUAAAGAAAGAGUUGGGGACAACCAUGCUGAAGUCGACCGGUCACUCAGGAGGUGGAUGCAUCAGCGAGGGCCAGAGUUAUGAUACUGACUCAGGAAGAGUGUUUGUGAAGAUUAAUCACAAGAGCAAGGCCAAAUUGAUGUUUGAUGGGGAGAUGGCCAGUUUGGAAGCCAUUAUAAAGACUGAAACUGUUAGAGUCCCAAAGCCUGUGAAGGUGAUUGAACUCGACAAAGGAGGAUGUGUAUUUGUGAUGGAGCAUCUGGACAUGAAAGGACUUAGCAAGUAUUCAAUGCUACUUGGAGAGCAACUGGCAGAUCUGCAUCUUUACAACAAGAGACAGUUGGAAAAGUUAAACAAAGAGAAGCAGACAGUGGGAAAAGGAGCUGGACAGUCAGAUGUGGCUGUUGUUGAACACUUUGGCUUUGGGGUGACAACUUGCUGUGGAUAUCUACCACUGGAAAAUGAGUGGCAGAAAGACUGGGUGACGUUUUACUCCCAGCAGAGGCUACAGCACCAGCUUAACAUGGCGGAGCAAUCAUAUGGGGACAGGGAGGCCAGAGAACUGUGGGCUAAGCUACAGCUGAAGAUCCCUCAGUUUUUCACAGAUGUAGAGAUUGUCCCUGCUCUCCUCCAUGGAGACUUGUGGGGAGGCAAUGUGGCAGAGUGUGCCGAGGACCCUAUCAUAUUUGAUCCUGCUUCUUUCUACGGCCAUUCAGAGUUUGAGCUGGGUAUUGCUGGAAUGUUUGGUGGCUUCAACAGCUCUUUUUACUCUGCUUAUCAUGAAAAAAUCCCCAAAGCACCAGGAUUUGAAAAAAGGAACCAGCUUUACCAACUCUUCCACUAUUUGAAUCACUGGAAUCACUUUGGUGGUGGCUACAGAGGCUCUUCAAUAAGGAUUAUGAAGGACCUACUGAAAUAAUUGAUCUCACAACCACUUGUAGAACACUUUAUAGUCUUAAACCCACACCACAUAUUAUGUAUAUAUUAUAUAUCUGACCAAAACUGAAGCUAAUAUUGUGAUGUCUGCUAAACUGUGUGAAAAUACACAAUUAACUUAAUAAAAACAAUUAUUCACUGCUUCCACAUUCUGAAAGAGAAAAUAACUUACAAUCUUGUAUGUUUUAACGUAUAUGUUUGUGUGUGUACAAAACCUUGCCCGUUACAUUAACAAAUACAUUAGAGUUUUUAGAAUGCUGCUCCUGCGUUAAUAUCUGAUUGUUUUUCAUUGCCUGAUUAGUCUGAAUGAUACUGCUGUGCGAAGGAUGCCGGAUUUUUACAAGGAAUACAAAUGCUUACAAUAACCUGACUGGUUAAUGUUAUGUGGGUUGGCAAACUGCAUAUACUUACAAUGUAUAGACGUGUAGAAAUAAAUCCUUGUUGCCCCCUUCUUAACCAGCAAUAAAUUCUGACAUGAUCU